AACUUGUUUUGAAAACAAAUAUUAUGCAAUUAGUGCGUCUUACAUUAGAACAUUUUGGAAGAUUGAAUUAAUGCAUUAUGAGAGCUAUUCCAGAUGAAAUUCAACGAAUUAUAUAAUUUCACAAUAGUACAUAUCAAACUUAAUGAUUCAGUAAUGGAUUUAUUUUUAACUCUUAAAUGCAUUAAAAUUUAAUUUAAUUUAUUGCAUUUUAUACUAAUUUAUAAGCGUCAAAACCAGCACUGCUCAUUAUAAAUUCAAUUAAAAUAAUACAUAUUGAUUAAUAAAUUAUAAUAACUUUAGUCAGAAUUAUCUAUAUAAAAUGCUACCAGAUCCUUUUGGCUUUACUUAUUUUAUCAGUCAUCUGCUAUUUAUUUUUUAUUGCUGAAUUGUAAAAAUCUCGCAAUCUAUCCAUCAAAUGUACUAAAAUGUUAUGAAUUUCAAAUGUAAAACUUCAUUAAUUGCAUUUUUAUUAUUCUGUAUUUAAGUGCUGGAAUACUCAGUUAUGACUUUAUACUAAAAAAUUAAAUCAAAAUGCAACCGAUAACAUUUUUUUCCUAAUGAUAUUAUUCAUAAUAAUUAAUUUUAUGAUGAUAAUCAACAUUAGCCUAAACAAAAUUAUCAUAGCAAAUAUGAUUGUGGAACCUAUAUAACAGCCCUAUUCUGGAAUAUUAUUAAAAUACUAAUAUUGUUAUUAAAUUAAUUCCUUAAUCUACCAAAUAAUCAUUGACAUACUUAAUUAAUAAGAAAUAGUUUCGAUUUUUUUAUCAAAGCUAUUACAGAAAAUGAAACAAUUUAAACGAGAUGUAAAUUUUAAUAUUAAUACCUAAUUCAUAAAGAAAUAAUAAAUAUUACAUAGAAAUUCUCUCGAUGAAAAUUAAAUAAGUCAAUCAGAAAAAUUUUCUCAUUGUCAUCGGAGGUAAAGUGAUAAAAUAUUCAUGUUUGAAAAUUUGAUGAACAUAUUUUAGAUGAGCAUUGAGCAUAAGAGUGUGGGAAGAGAAGGUCCUCCAAUAUUGCUGGAGUACAUCCUGUGUGUAAUGGUACUCACAUUAUAGACCACUCCCAUGUAUCCUAUACUGAUCCUUUUACUAUAUUCCCAUUAAAUAUAUAUCUUUUCUAUAUACAUAGGUAAUCUAAACUACACAUAGUAUACAGAAAAAAAACUAAAAAGAAUAACAAAUAAAAGCUCAUAGAUAGUGAUGCAAAUUGAAGAAAAAAAAUCCAUAAAAAAUGUCUUUUUCCCCUACAAUUCCCCAAAUAUAUACGGCGAACUUUUAUUGAUAUCAUAAACGUGAGCAAUUAUCGCUGUUGUAUGGCAUUGUUGGAUCAACGAGCAAAAGCAGAAAAAAAGUGACGAAAAUCUCGAUAUAUACUUUUUUUUGUUAAAAAUUUAUUUCUGUCUCGAUGGCACCACAAUGUGGGGGGCGAGGGAAGAGAAGGAAUGAGUAUGUGUGUGCAAUUUUUGGCAAUUAAAUUAUGCCAUUGUGAAAUUGAAGGUGUCGCGCAAGUGGUUGAAAAUAUAACCAUCUUCUCUCUAUCUACUAAAAACCUUUUCUCGCUCUCUUCUCUCUCUGCAAACAUUCUCUGUUCGCGUCAUAUAUAUGUAUGUAUAUAGUUAAGCAAUAAUCUUCGACGACCAUCCUCUCUCUCUCUUGGAUUUGGAUGAUUUUCUUUCUAUAUUGAAUGGCGAGAACAUGAGUCACACGCAUACAACUUCAUAAACAUUUUCCUCAGCAUACACACAUGCAGCAUAAAAAAACAUACAACAUACAGGGUUUGCCCGAGAGAAAGAGCAAAGUUUGGCGCACGAAGGUACGUACAAACGAUGGCCGAGAGUACGUUUGAGGAUGGAAAGUCGCAUAAAGAGAGGAAUCAGUCAGAAGAGAGCGAGAGAGACUAAGAGUUUGAGAAGAGCAUCGCAUCAGAAAAUAUACCGUGUUGUAGAUAGAAUUGAGCAUAAAUUCGAUGAGAAGCAAAAUAUGUAUAUAAUCGUGUGCGAUUGUUCCUGGGAAUGAAAUGGAAACAGUAGAAAUGGAUUUGCUUCUUGUGCGAGAGCAAGAGAGAAGGGGAGAGGCUGGGAGAGAAGAGAUUUUGUAUGUUGGGGAGAUUCAUAAAAAGAGCGUAAUAAAGUGUGUGUGAUUGACUACAAAUGUCGAUUUCUUCCAAUAUUUAUUGAAAAAUGGUGUUUAUUGUCGCAUUAAAUUCCCAUUUGUGAUCAAAUUGAUGGAAGUACUUGGCGUGUAGUUGGAUAGAGUUGAGGAAAUACAUGGGCGCAUAGCGCUAAAUGGGCGACAAUUGAUUGGCUGGAGUGUUUGACAAUAUCGCCACUUUUGUUUUGGUGUAUAUCAAUCUACUCUUUUUGGUGCGAGACAAGAGAAUCCCUCUAUAAAGCCACAGAAGAAGAAGAACAAAAAAAGUGGACAAAAAAAACGAAGAGAAGAAAAAGGUGUAAGAUUUUACUUUUGGAGGACCACUUUUGGCCCCUUUUUGCUUACUCGCAUCUGGUGAAAAGGCUACUUUUUGCAAUAUAUCGAGCAAAUACGCUGUUUAGCCACACAAUGGACAAGAAAUUGGUUAUCGCAAAAUAUAUAUACUACUGUUGGAAUUAGAUUGAAGACGAGGGACACAAAUAAAAAAACGAACGAACGUCUCGCAAAGGAGGACUCAUUCCGGGAGAGUCUCAUAUAGUCUGGCAAAUAUAAUUGACUGCUCUUGGGCUCUUGAAUGCUAAUCGGAAUUCUCUCUCCGCCUGGUUCAUUUAUUGCACCUAGUCCGUCACCAUCGAUUCCGGCCAGUCCGCGACUGCAGCCGUCUCCCUCGCAGUCACCGUUUGGUCAGGAUGUUCUGCUGGUGACCAACAAUACGGUGGUGACUCAAGAGUCAGAUCACAAGACAACGAUCCCCACACGCCGGCCAUCCUUCCAUCAGGUGGCAAAUAGCCCAAAUGCCGGUACUGUUCUCUUUAGGCCGAGUCCCACGCAAUCACCGGCGGGGGCGAGUACGUUUAUCACGAACACUGGCACCGAACUCAAUACAACCCUCGUGGGUUCCAACAAUAUCGCUCUAAAUAAGAAAAUUGGAAAGAAAACAGCUCAACCCCAUGGCGGCCAUGGCCAUGGAAUGUCUGCAACGGCCAGCAGCCCAAAGGCAUCCAAAAAAGCCAUGUCGUUGACUAAUAGUCCCAUUACUAGCCCAAGUCCCAUUGCCAGUCCAACGUUAAAUACAACACUACGGCCGCCCACACCACAGCCAAUUAUUCAGCAGAUUCCGGUGAUGAGUAGCGGCAAUCAGUUGCUGCAGAUAAUCCAAGGACCACAGAUAAUUGCGCCACAGCGACAGGCUCACAUCAUUUCGUCGGCACAGGCCAUUGCUCCGCAGCAUACGCAGCAACCGGGCCAAUUUGUGGGUCAUCAGCAGCAACAGAUAAAGAAUAACAAGGCACCACAGCAAAUCCUGCCAAAGCCCACGACUACGGUCCUUCAGGUGACUCCAGGUGGGAAGAAUACAACGACUGUGGCAAAGGGGACGCUGCAGAUUGGGCAUCAUCAGCCAAACCCAUCGCAGCAGCAACAGACUCAGCUUCAGACACAAAUUGUGCAGUCGCAGGCACCACAGGUUGUUCAGCAGGCACAACAAUCUGCCCCACCGCAUCAAGUGAUCUCGGCAGCUGCACAAACAACAGCCACCGCCAAUGCCACCCAGGGGAAUAUCAUUCUCCCAACUGGGGGUCUCAAUACGCAGCCCCUGCUGGUGAAUCAGAUGCCAGUGAUUGUGCAACAGAACACCCCACAAGGUGUUCAGUUUAUCCUGCGUCCGUCGGCACCGCAGAUAACUGCACCCGGCUUGGUGAUUCACAACACCCGGCCACAGCUUCCGCCCCCGCAGCCCCAGCAAUUGCUGCGAAUUGUGAAUGCCAAUGGAUCGAUGCAGCUGGCAGCAGCCACGCCGACAUUCAUUGUGUCAUCCCAGGCGAAUCUCAUUCAGCAGAAUUUGCAGGGUAUCAAAACAAACACCGGCACACCACUCACACAACUCGGUGGGCUACAGGCACAGCGGCAACCGCAGCAAAUUGCAGCAGCCAUCAAUCAACACCUGAUUGGGCAGAGUGUGGCGCAAAUACAGAAUUUGCAACUAAAUGGAAAUCUCACGCACAUCCAAAUGCCCAAUGGGCUCAAUGGGCAGUUCAUCUCGCAACUGCCGUCGCAGUUUCAGCAGAGUCUUACCGGUUUCAAUCAGCUCAAUCAGAAUAUAAGUUUGAAUCAGAUCAGCAGUACGAAUUUGUCGCAAAUUGCAGCUGCAGCAGCGGCAUCGCAGAAUAUGGCUGCUUUCCAAUCACCUCCACCACCGCAGCAAUCACACGGAGGUGAUUUGGUUGUUUCAGCCCAAAUGCAAUUUACGGCACAACACCAGAAUACCAUCACAGUGUCGCAGGCACAGCAAUUGGCACAGCAGCAAAUACCACCGAUCCCCAUAUCGCCAAUAAUGUCGCCACAGCAUCCAACAAUCUUGCAAUCUGUCACCCCGGAACCAGUGAGGAAUCCACCAACUCCCGUCAAACACACUGCACACGGGAAGAUGCAGCAAGUUGAGAAGAUUGACAGCAAGAAUGAGGGCUCAUCGGGUGGGGGGAAGCACGACAGUGCAUCCGGGAAAGCCACCUCAGUGUCCACGAGUAAGCCCAAGAAGGCGAAAAAGUCCAAAAAGAAACAAAGUUCAUCGAAUUCAGACACUGGCGGAGCUAUAAUGAGUACGGGGAAGUUGGAUUUAGCGAAUGUAAUGAAGUUGUGUGGUAUUAUGGAUGAUGAUGACUUAAUGGAUGGUGAAAUGGACAUGCCAAUGACCACGGCGGAUCCUCAGAUGGAGAUCAAGGAGACAUCACCGCAAAUGCAGCAGGAGCAAAAUGUUGCAUCCACAGCAGGAGAUAUAAUGAUAACGAUACCCUUUUCAGGACAAAACACAGACAUUCCAUUCAGUUUUACAAUUCCAAAUAGUGUAGAGAAUAGUGAUACAAUGCAGCAGCAGCAGCAGAAGGUUACAACGGCUGUGGCAAAGGUGACGCCGGAAUUGAAGAGUGAUCCCGUUGUGCAAACUGUCCAGACGAAUUCAACUCCUGGCAGUGGAGCACCAUUUAUGAUCACCAUUGAUUCAACUGAAGGUACUCUGGGGCAGCCGUAUACUAUCUCCAUUCCACACAUUCCAUCCUCCGAUAGUGGUGAGAAGAGUGGCGUUAUCGUUUCGGGGCAAUCAAUGGCAACAGAUGCUGGCGGAAGUGUCGGUAUUACGCUUCCGCAAACAUCAAUGUGUGUACCAACAUUUGUCAAUACAGUCCUCAGUAGCACAGUUACACCCACACUUCAGAGUCAAAUUAAUGAGAUUCAGAAUCAAUUGAUGGGUGUUGUGACACCAACAACAACAACCACAGCCUCAGCAGUUCCAUCAACAACUGCAAGUACCGCCAAUACAUCAACUGUCGUGACAAUAGCGACACCAACAACACCCACGUCCACAACAAGCUCCACAACACCACCAGGAGGAACUGGCGGUGGUGGUUCGAAUAAGAAGAAAAGCUCAAAGAAGAAUAGCAAGAAAUUGGAGAAAGCCGUGAAGAAUCUCGUUGGUGUGGUACCAGGACAAAUUGGGAAUAUACAAAUAUCUCAAGUGGAUGGGACAAAAGCAGCCCCAAUGUCGGCAAAGAAUGUAAUUGAUAAUCAAAUUCAAAUAACCCCAAUAAUGGAUACAACGAAGGGGCAACUGCAACAAAUGACUUCUGUUGCACCCCAACAGCAAAUUAUUGUAAGUGCAAGUCAGCAAGUUGUUGGUUUGCCUAAUAUUGUGACAACAGCCAGCUCCGGUGCAGGAACGAAUGUUGUGCAUCAACCACAGAUACUGCAACAUCAAAUUGCCACUGCUGCGCCCAUUCAGUCUGUUGCUGCGCCAAAUGUGGUGAAUUUGCAACCGAAUAUUGUUCAACCGAACGUCCAAAUUAAUCUACCAAACAAUCUUCAGCCGCAAAUUGCACCGCAUCCCCUCAUGCCACAACUCACGGGUGCAUUGAGUUUAUCACUCGCCGAGGAUGGACGUUUGUUCCUGCGGCAUGAUGCAAAUGCUCCGCAAGAUGCUCAAUCACAAGUUAUCCUUCAAACCAUUCUCAGUGGUGCUCUGGGGAAUGUGACACUCAUUACGGAACCCCCAAAUGUGGAGAAGCAGCAACCGCAGCAGCAGCAGCAGCAGCAAGUUCUGGCUCAACAGCAACAAUCAACGCCUGUGCAAAAUCAACCCAAGAUAUUCACAAAUAACAUCAUUGCACCACAGAAAUCUCUCCCAACGCAACAGAGUAUUGUCACCACGCAUCAGGGGAAGAGUAUUGUCAUCCCCGCGGCAGCAGCUCAAGCCAGUACGGCGCAUUUUAUACCGCAAACACCAACAUCAGCAGCUACAACGAUUGCAAGUGGUGGUUCACAGCAGUUGAGUAGUGCACUGUUUAGCACGGCUCAGGGGCAAAUUCUGCAGCAAACAUCCCCCGUUGUGACGCAAAAUACAAUCUUUUCAUCCCAGUCGAGUCAGCAGCCACAGAGUGUGCAGCUGACAACAACGGCAUCUGUGAUCCAACAACCUGAAGUGCAGCAGGGAUUGAAGAAUGUGCGAAAGGUGCAACAAGCAACGGCUCAGCUGCAAACAUCAACUGCAACAAUAUCCCCGCAAUCAACAGCAGUGUUGAUGAAUCCAAAUAUGCCCAAAUUUGUGGAAUUGCCAAAGAUAGGGCCAAAUCAGCAGCUAUUCUCCCUCAAUACGAUUACAAAUCAAAUAACACAAAUUAAUCCGGGACUAACAACUGCAUCCCUGGGUCCCAUGGAGAGGUUACUCAUUGUUCCGGCUGGUAUUAAUGCACAGCAACUGGCUCAGUGUUUGCUGCAGGGACAGAUUCAUUUCAAUAACAUCGGACAGGUUAAUCAGGCGCAAGAUCGCAUUGAGUCGACGCAGCAGAGUCAGAUGAAUUCCCAGAAAUUGCCUACAGUUGCAGGUCCUCAGGUUUCCUCAAGUACACUGCAAAUCACCACAACAGCCGCAACGAGUGUCAGUAAUCAUCAAAGUGCAGUGCAGCAGCAGCAACUGUCGCAGUUACCAAAGGACCCGCCGAAGGUAACUGCAGCAGCGGUGAAAGUGAGUGAGAAUAAAGUGAAGAAAGCAGCCAAAGUGAAGAAGUUGAAGCCAGUGAGUGAGGCAAAGGUGAUAAAGAUGACGCAACCGACAAAGAAUGUCGUAAUGAUGGAGAAUCGGACACUGCAGAAGUGCAAUCAUUUCAAUGAUAGCUCAACGAAGGCACAGGGACGUGCUUUGGUGCAUCCGUGCACGGUAAGUUCCGCAGUUGCAACAUCCAAUGCUCUGAGCACAAGUUUGGGAAAUGUUCAACUGAAUACGACAGUUGUGUGUUCAACACCGACUACAUCAUCCGUACAUGUGCCAAAUACUGCAAUAGUACGUCCGAGUAUUAUUUCAAACAAUGCCCGGCAUCAGGCAUCAUCAACAAAUGCCCAUUCACACCCAAUUUUAAGUCCUGCCAUCAAUCAAGCUCAGCCGCAGCAGCAACCACAAGUUGUGCAACCAAUGAUUACAUCACCAAGUCCCGAUCACCAUACGCAUCAUCAGCAACCACUGAUUCAGCCCAAAGUUCACUCACAACCGGCAAAUGCGGCAAAUAGCAAGAAUCAUGCAACAGGCAGCACUGGGGGAUCCCUUCCGCCCCUUGUGAGUGUCAAUACAACCCUUCCGCGUGUUCAAACAAUUCAACUGACACCGCAAAAGCAGCAAAUGCUGAAGGAUGUUCAAAUGAAGAUUCAAACACUUUCGGGGAAGUUGCAGAACAAGACUCUCCUGUCCACGCUCACCAUUCCCAUGGAUUACGAUGCUACGAGUUCUGUGUACAAUCAACCCCUGCCAACACUCACGAAUCUCCAUGCAAUGACCGAUGCGGACAUUCAUGCGGCUCUCCAGCGACUGUUUCUGGAACAACAGAAAAUCCUUGCAACGGGAAAAAUUAUUCCCACCAUUCCAACAUCACAUUCCUUCCCCACAAUGGCACCAGCAGCUGUACCAACAACGCAACUUCAGGUGGCUGUUGCAUUACCCAAGCAAUCUGCAACACCAGGCGGUGGCUUCCUCCCGUCGCCCAUUGAGAUAACACCCCCAAUGGCUAUAAAGCAGGAAAUUCAUCCAUCACCAGCUGUAGCAGUCACCGCGGCAACAGCAUCAACGGCCUCGCCAACAAUCUUGUUGACAAAUGCAAAAAUAUUGCCAGGAAAUUCAAGUCAUCAACUUCUUGCACCGAAUGUCAAUGCUGAGAGCAUCAGUGCACCACAGAUGAGUCCGAAAAUGAAGAUUCCCAGACAAUGUUUAUUUGAGAGGCAAUUAGCAGUGGAUCAGGAAGGAUGUACAAAUCCAGAUGCUAAAACACCAUUCCAUAGUAAAGAGGAUGCAAUUAAGCGCUUAAUACGGUAUCACUGCACAUAUGGCGAUGGUGAGAAUGAGGAGGAGGUUCAAAGUGAAAUGGAGGCAUUUGAGAAGACGGCAAAUCAGUUUCAAGAUCAAUUCAAUGGCAUGAUUAAUAAAUAUCAGCUGCUACUUAUGAAAGAAUCAACGCACCAUGUUCAAACAUCGGAAUUGAUGAUGAUUGAUCGACUACUCGUGUCGGAUAUUCAAAAGGAAAUCCUCAACAUUCAGAUGAAUAUUUCGAAUGAUUUGAAUGUUUCGGCAAAGGUGCAGGAAUCCAGUAGUGAAGCAGGUGAAAUAGUGCCACCGUCGCAUGUAAAGAGUGAGGUGAAGUGUGAAGUGAAGAAGGAGGAUGUGAUUGUUGAAUCAAAGAGUGUCUCUGAUGUGUCGUCAACUGCUGGCGCUGCUGCUGGAGAUGUAACAACAUCUGCCCAAAAUCGACCACCAAGUAGAGCAACAACAGCAGUAGCAGCAGCAGCAGCAGCAGCAAGUGAUGUGAAGCAUGUGUCUGUUGUGCACUAUGGCACAGCAAAUAGUGGUAGUAGUGGUACAAAUCAAUUGAGUGCAAAGAAUCCAUCAAGUGAUACGAAGAAGGAAAUGGAACAAUUUGAUAUUGAAUCAGAAAUAACGCCGAGUUUUAUCAUGAAAAAGUGUGAAAGUGCCCCAACAAAGAAUCAAGAUCUCGUUGAGGAUGGUUAUCAAUUUGGUUUGGAUUACUAUCAGCAGCAGCAGCAGCAACAGCAGCAAGAUGUUGCCAUCAAGGAUGCCGAACCACCGGAUGAGGAUUCCAAACCUGAACCGUACGAUGAGUGGUUGUGCAUCCAAAAGGAAUUGGGUUACAUAAGUGAGAGUAAUAAGAGGAAUGAGAUGAAACUCAGUGAGAUUUCCAUGGGAACAUCCCCAAAUUCUUCGCCAUUGGAUCACAGUAAAUCCGUGGAGAAGCAACUUUCGGAGAUAUUUGAUCAUCACAGCCCAAAAAGUGUUGAACAUCAACUAAAUGAUCUCUUCAAUCCUCCCUCAACGUCUGCAAAGAGUAACACGGAGAGUAUUGUAACGUCUAACUCGCCAUUGUCGGAAUUCUUCAAUACGGAUUCAAUUGUGGGCAAUGCAGGUGAUAAAUCAGUUGAAACGCGCCUUGAGGCAAUGUUUGGGGAAGCACCGGAAGAUGAUAAGGCGGAUCUCGUGGAGACACGCCUUGAAGCACUCUUCCAGGGAGCCACGCAAGAUUCCACAACAUCCUACACAGCUAUUAACCCGCAUACAGCCAAUAACCUGCAUCCGGGGAUGUUACAGAGUAAUAUGAAUAAGCGACAAUGGAAUAAUGGGGAUAUUCUCAUGUCACCGGCAAGUGGGAAUGAUUCCGGGGAAUCCACGUGCUUCCCCAAGAGAUCCUUUAUGGGAACAGCUGCGGAUAAUUUUGUUGAUUCAACCACGCACAUGGGGAACAACAAUCGAUGGAUGUCUGAUUACUCAAAUACCCCAACAAUGGAUCAUCAUCCGCACUCGUUGGAUCAUCAACAGCCAUCCAGUCAGCAGUAUGACUUCAUGGGGGAUACAAUGGAUUGCGUUUUGGGUGAGACAAAUCAACAUCAUCACACUGGGGAGGAUGGAACGACGGAAAUCAAUAAGCGUCUAUGGAAUGGAGAUCUCCUUGCGGCACAUGCCGAUGUGGUUCCGUCGAAGAAGAUGUGCUUCAUCAACAAAGAUAUGCUUGAUAGGGAUUUCAUGGAUAUGGGUGGAACACCGACGCAACAUCAAGUAUCCGAGAUGAGUAUGCAGCAUCAUCAUCAGAUGAAUCACACAGGAUGUGGAUCAAUGAAUACCAUGACGAUGGGAAGUGCUGGUGGUGCAGGAGGUGCUGUUGUAGCAUCCCAAAACAAUAGCAUCUCCAUCUCAAUGAGUACCUCGAGUAAUUUCGAUGAAGACAUCAGUCGACAAGUACAGAAUGCCAUUGAUAGCAUUCUCAAUCUUCAGAGUUCCGAAGCGGAUUCAUUUCACUUCAGCCUGGAUCAGAUGGGAUCAUUCCUAUCGGAUACGGCACUAACACCCAUCAUACCCACCCUCCAGCAGCAACAGCAACAACCCACCACGAGUCAAACAUCCGCCGUCACGAGGCCACCGUCUGUGGCCAAGAGGAAACAGCUACCGGCAACGCAUUUCAAUCAUCACACACAUCAAAAUCAAAUGCAACAACACCUCGAGGAGCUCAGCGAUUGUCUCAUGCACGGUGGCAGUGCAGAAAGUUCCGGGCAUCACAUUAUAAUUGAUUCCUCACCUUCGGGCUCAUCGUCAUCGUCCUCAACAACAGCGGUGAGUGAUUUCAAUUCAGUGACACCAUCCCAUGAUUCUGCUGGUCUCGACGAUACCGUCAAGUCCAUCAUAACUUCCUGACAACUUUCUAUUGAAUUCACCACAGCGGCUCUCUAGGAUGAACCAACAAUACCAGAUGAUUUGUUUUUCUAAUAAUUAAAAUUUCCCCUUUUUUUAAUUCUUAUUUAUCUGCGAUAUAUCCUUGAGAGCUAAAAAAAAUUCGCUUUCUAACGCUUUAGAAAAUUAGAAGAAAAAAAUCACGCCAAUUCUGCAGCAAAGCAAUACAAUGCAAUUUAUUUUGUAGCAUCAUUUUAGGGAUUUUCUUUCUUUCAAAUUGAACUUUUAACCCUUUCAUGCACAUUGGAUCACACAGUGAUGCAAGCAUGAAAAUUAAAUAUUCCCAAAUUUUUGAUUAAUUUAUUUGAAACCUUUGAAACAAAAGGAAGAAAAUAUUUUUGCCGAGAAAUAUCCUCUAAAAGCGCCCAAAAAAUUUAUUUGUGGAGAAUGAGCGAGUUUUUCGUUGAUUCAUGAAGUCUCGAAAGGGUUGAUUGGAUACAUUCAGAAUAAAAAGGCCAUUUAAAAAAAAAUAAAAGGCAAAAUAGGUGAAACAGAUCAAACAAAACUGAAAAAUCUUCUGAAUUUUAAUUAAUUUUAAUUUAGAAAAGUCUUUUUUGUCAAAAGAAAAUAGGGCAAAAAAUUAAGAUUCUUUUAGCUUUAAAAAAAAAUGUUGCAAAGUAAAAUUGAUUUUUACUUAAUAAAAAUUUUCAUUUUUUUUUAAUAUUUCAUUAACAAAAAACUUUUAAUUGACAAAAUGAUGCUACAUGAUAAAUUGCAUGAAAGUAAAGAAAAAAAACAAAUUCUAAAUAUUUAGUCAAUCCUAUUAUGUAAUAUAAUUCGCUAAAUUCUGAGAAUUGGCUCACUAAUUGAAUACGUAAAUUGGAUGGGGUGCCGAUGAAUGAUUUGAAGUUAUGUGAAAGGGAGGAAUUAAGGAUAAAUGAAACUUCGUGGUAUUUGUGAUCAAAUUAAUAAAUAAAAGGAAAAUUAAUUAAAAGCUUCUUUAGCUCAAAUUUUUUUAUAUGAAAUAAAACUGCAAAAGUUUUUUUUUCUGAAUAUAUUCCUUUUAAAAAGCAAACAAACAACAAAUUAAUAAAAUUCAAGAAUAUUCAAGGAAUGGGACUACGUAUAGGGAUCCUAAAAAAAUUAUUUAAAAUGUCAUUUUUUAAUCAAACAUUUCACACAACAACAACAACAAAAUUAAUUGCAUUGCAAUGAAUAAAGAAUUUUAAUGAAAAUUACAAGAAAAUUGAGAAAAAAAAACGCACGAAAAAGAAAAAGAGAAAAGGGGGAGUUAGUUGUGAAUGGGGAGGAAAAAACUACCAAUUACUGGUAUUCAUACCUAAACUUGUACUACCGCACAUUUAAUAAUGAAUGUAUUAAUAUUUUAUCAAGGUAAAAGAUGAAGGAAAAGAGAUGAGAGAAAUGAAAAGAAUCAAUGAGUCUAUAUACAUGUAGCUAAAUUAUUAAUAUAUAUAAAUAGUAGAUUUAGAUAAAAGAAAGGAAGAAAAAAAAGGUACAUAGUUAUUAAUAAGAAAUUAAAUUAUAGUGGUAUUUGUAAUAAAGUGAAAAAGAAAAUUUGUAUAUAAAUAAUUGCAAAAAAAACAGAUUAACGACAAUGACGCGUUGAGGCGGUAAAUACGGUUCUUAUUUUUUUUGUUUAGUUUUUAAAUAAUUUAUAUUAAUUAUCUUUUUUUUUCUCAUAAAUCUUUCUUUCCCCCCACAUCACUUACGGCAACUUUGUAUGUAAUUUUUUUUCUAUUCUACGUAGAAGAUGAAAAAAGAAACUUUUCUUUGUUUUUUUUUUUUUUAAACGGUGAACGGUGUAAUUAAUAGAAGAGGAAGAAGAAAAAUUAAUUUAGGAAAAGGAAAACAAAUUAUAUUAAAUUAUUUAUUUUCACCGCAAAUAUCCCUAUUUGAGGAUAUUUUAAUAAACACAAUUAACAAAAAAUAUCGAUUAUGCAAGUGAUUACGCGACAUGCAUGGAAUUUCGUGAUGUAAUAAAAAAGCGACCGUACUCUGCAAUGAAUUUCAACAAAUCUAGCUUUUUAUAUUUAGGUGUUUAAUUAAGCAAACAAUAUUGACUAACAAAAUAUACUUACAAAACUAGCUGUACGAAUUUAAGGGGUCAUCACGGUGGGAGGGACUUUGAGUUUAGUCUUCUUUAGUAGAAUGUUCUUUUAAUAAAUUGCUUCAAGCAAGAUUAUUUAUUUUAUCCAUUUGGGGAAUUAAUUAGAGAAAAUUCGAAUAAUUAUUUUUUUUACUCCCUUAAAUAUUCGUGGUAAUUAUUUAAAAAUUAGUCUUUUCUCCUUGCUGAUACUAAAUUGAUGAAGAAUUUUUAACGAAGAACACAGAAAAUAUUAUUAUUCCUCUAAAAAACCUCAAUGUAAACCCAUCCGGUGUUUUUUGAACAUUUAAUAACUUCUUUUUCUUUAUAAAUGAAAUAUCUAUCAGCAAAUUAUAAGAAAAAUUUUAUUAGACCGAAAAAAUUAAUUAAAAAUCUCAAUCGAAUGAAUAUUCUUAAUGAAGAAAGUUAUUAUCAAAGUCCCACUAUAAGAUCCCUAAACCAUUUCUGUAUCCUACAAAAUAAUUGAGUGGUUGAAUGCAAAAAGGAUAUAAGUCUUUUGAAGAUUCAUAGCCCAGAAGGGUAAAAAAAUACAGACUUUUUAAUCAAAGCGGAAGCUCUUACCUACUUCUUUAUUUUCAAACAAAAAUUGUUUAUAUUCGAUGAUUUUUUAUUUUUGUAGAAAAUAUUUCCUCCCUAGGUUUUGAUAUUGAUUUGUCCCAUAAAAAUUCGAAUUUUUUUUUCCAUAUAAAAUCAUUUUUUAUUUAACAAGUCAAUAGAUUCAAAUUCAAUCAAAAAAAUUAUUAAAAAAUUAUUCUGAAAUGUAGAAAAAAAUAUCUUCUUCUACAUAAAAAGAUUUGCAAAAUUACAGGAUCUUGGUGUCAAAAGUAAUUAGGUAAAUGACAAAUAAAAACCUUUAAAACUGUCGCCCCUUAUUACUCAUUGGCGAAAGAAAACAUUAAAUCCAAUUUGGAUUUUUUAAAAACAAUAUAAAUAAAAAUUUCCUCAAAUUCGAAUUUCUUUGAUGAUAUAGUCUAAAGAAGCAAUAAAUUAACUAAAGAGUUUUAUCCUUUUGGUCAUUCAACAAUUCAAAUAUUCCCCUAAACAUUGUUCCACAUAAAACAGAGGGUCCACUCCAAACAGUCCAAGAGUACGGUCGCAAAAACUUUUUUCUUUUAAAUGAAUGUAAUUCUCGUUUUUUGGCUUUCUUCGAAAAAUAAAACUAAAUAAAAUAGAAAUCAGCAUAAAAGUAUUAUUUUUCAAUUUUCAAAACUCUUGAGUGCAACAGAUUUUCUUUUAUUUUUUGUUUAUGGAACUAUAGGUAAAUAUCUUAAUAUUUUUGAGCAUAAUAAAAAAUAGGGAUGUCCGUAAAUAAAAUUCUGUGCCAAAUAUCAAAUUGAUCGAAGGGAUUUUUAACAAAUUUAAAAGAAAAAAUGGAAUGAAAAAGAAAAAAAAUAUCACAGUGCCCAAAAAAAAAACAAGAAAAAGGGUUAAAGAAUUAAACAAUAAUAAAAGAAGAGGAAAAAAACUAAAAUAUAUUACCUAAGGGAUGGUCACGUUAUUUUGGAAAAUCGGGGACUUUCAAGAGCGAUUUUAAGCCAAUUUUGAAACCAAGAAUUCGAAAUUUGCUUGCACUCUUGUUAAAUGGCCAAAUAUUGAUAAGAAUUCAGUAUUUUCAAUUUAGAAAAUAAAUUUUUGUGCUCAAAAAAAUCAUUUGAAAUUCUCACAUUUUGGCCAUUUUGUUCCUGUAGAGUUUCCAAAAUAACGUGACCAUCCCUUAUUUAUAUAGUGAGAACCAUAUCCAUGACUGUGUGCUCAUUGAGUAGAGGAAAGAGAAAUUGAUACAGUGUUUUUUUCCUUUGUAGGUAUUCUUGAAAUUAAUGAAAGAAGAUUGUAAAGAAUUUUUUUAAAGCCAUUUUUCUAAAAACACACAACAUUAAACAAAAGAGGAGAAAUAAAUAAAUUUUGACAAAUACUCUCUUGCAACAAAUGUACCUUGAAUUAUGUUUUUUUUUCGCUAAUUAUUUCGUACUUACAAGAUAUUCUGUGUUUUUUUUUUUCAACAUAGCGCUACAAGAUUUAACAAAAAAAAAUUGAUAAAUAAUUUAUCAAAAUGGUGAUAAAAGAGGCACAUUUAAGUUGCAGAAUAUAUUAUGAAUAAUUUAAAAUAAAAUGCAAGAAAACAAGGUUGUUUGGUUAUUAUAAUGUAAUAUUUUUUUAAACAUAAAUUAAUAUAGAAAAAAAAUAAUUUUCAGCACAUAUUUUUAUCAAAAAAAAUUAUUUUAAACAUCACACACACAAAAAGAAAAAUUCUUUCCCUCUCGAAAAUCAUUUCGCAUUAAAAAAAAACAAUUAAAUAAAAAAAUGUAUUGUACAUAUUGUAUUUGAAAAGAAAGAAAAGAAAUGAAGAGAAGAAAUAAAAUCAAUUAGACAAGAUUAUUGUGUUCUUUAGUUUGUAAAAUUUUGCAAAUAAGUAAAACAAAAAAGGAGUAGAGUAAAUUAUUGAAAAUAAUAAAAAAAAAACAAAAGAAAAAAAUUAAAAAGCGUAAUUAAUUUUUUUUCAGUGUAUUUGUCUCGAUUUUCAAUGAGAUGCUCGCACGAAAAAGAGAGUAAAAACAAUGUAAAAAAAAGGCAACAAUUAAGUCAAAUUGACCAGAGUUUGUAUUAAGAAGUAAAGAAUAAAAAAAAAAUGGAAAAGAAUUAAUAAAAAAAAAUAAAUUGUUGAGUACGCAGUGAGUAUUGCAAUUAUUCGAAUAUUUGGGUAUAAAAGUAUAUAUUUGAAUUGACUUAAUUUAAAAGAAAAGGGCUAAAGAAAAAAUAUAUUUAAAAGAAAAAAAUUGUUGGUAAAUAUCAAAAUUAAGAACGAAAAAAUAGGAAUGAAUUUUUGUUGAUAUAAAUUUAUUUUUAUUUAAUGAAAAACAAGAAAAAAUCCAAAUCAUUUUUCUCACAAUUUUUGCACUAAAAAAAGAGACAAACAAAAACAAACUUAAUAAUUAAUUAAUCAAUGAAUGAAUAAGAUGAUUGGUGUCUAGUAUUGAUGAUGAUGAAAGUAAAAAAAUAAAAAAUAAAAGUGGAGAACAACACGACUAAAUUACGCAAAAAAAUAAAAUAAUAGUGUAAAUGAAGAAAAAGGUAAAUUAUUAAACAAAAAAAAUAUUUCAAUAAUCUAAUUCUCCGUAUAAAGAAAAAAAAGUAAAUGAAGGAAAAAAUGAAAAACACGAAAAAAUAGAUCAGACAAAAUGUUACGUUUAAGACUGAAACGGUUCUUGUAAAUAGUGAAAAUAUUAUUAACAUUAAUAAAAUAAAAUAAAGAAAAAAAGAGCAAGAAAAGAAUAAUUGUUACAAAAUGCCCAACGGUUUUACGAGACAACAAAAAAAACAUCUUUAAUGAAGAAAAAACUUGAAUAGGAAUUUUUCACACAAUAAAACAAACAAUUUUUUUUUAAUUUUUAAUUCUACAAAUUAUUUCAUUCUAAAUUAUUUUUCAACAACAAAUAAAACUUUCAUUCUAUCAGCAAACAAAGAAAGAAGUAGAAGAAAAAACAAUAAGAAUUGUGAAGAAAAAUGCGAAUUAAAAUAGAAAAAAUGACUUUCCUAUUCUUUGUAAAUUUUUUAUUUGCGUUCUGUGAGUAAAUAAUAAUUAUUAUAUAUUUUGAAGAGACAAAAAAUAGCGAAGAGAGAAUAAAGAUGAAAUGAAACCUCAAAUGAAACAUUUUGAUGUGUAAUUCACCUUGUAAAAAUAAAGUGACUUUUAUUCCAAUGAAUUAA